AUAACCUAAGAAUUUUUGAAUCCUUUCAUGUGAAUUUAUAAAACUUUUAAUAUGAAUUCCAAACUACCAUUAGUAGUUAUUUUAGGUGCAACAGGUGCGGGAAAAACUAAAUUAUCCCUCGAAUUAGCGAAGAAAUUUAAUGGAGAAAUCAUAGGAGCGGAUUCGAUGCAGGUGUACAAAGGACUUGAUAUUAUCACCGCCAAAGCCACUAAACAAGAACAGUCCGUAGCGCCACACCAUUUAAUCGACGUUUUAGAACCCUCCGAGAUGUUCACCGUGGCCCAAUACAAAACCCGAGCUCUACGAAUUAUCGAUAAUCUUUACAACAACCACAAACUCCCUGUUAUAGUCGGAGGGACAAACUACUACAUCGAAUCACUCCUAUGGAAAAUAUUAAUCGAUGAUGACAACUAUACGAGCACUCCGGGAAUAUUACCUAACAACGAUCACGAACUGCCCAGUGAGGAAUUACAUAAAAAACUAAAGGAACUAGAUCCUGUUACAGCAAGACGAUUGCAUCCUAACAACAAGAGAAAAAUUCUAAGAUCUUUGGAAAUUUUAUAUAAAAAGGGGAAAAAGCACAGUGAAAUAUUGCAGGAGCAAAUUUCUGCUAAGGACGCCUCCAAGUCAGGUGGAGGUUUGAGGUUUCCACAUUCCCUAGUUUUGUGGCUGCAAUGCGAUCAGGAUAUAUUAGACAAGCGUUUAGACGACCGCGUCAAUUCCAUGAUAGAGCAAGGUUUGUUACAGGAACUACUAGAUUUCCAUCGUACAUUCCAAAACGAAACACCUGACUAUACGAAAGGGAUUUUCCAAUCGAUUGGAUUCAAAGAAUUUCAUUCCUACUUGAUGAUGAGCGAAGAGGAUAGGCGAACCGAUGAUGGAGAGAAAGCGCUAAACGAAGGAAUCGAACAGCUCAAAAUGGUUACUAGAAGAUACGCCAGGAAGCAGAAGAAAUGGAUAAGAAAUAGGUUCCUCGGCAGGCAGGAUAGAAAGGUACCUCCGGUUUUUGGGCUAGAUACAUCGGACGUUUCUAAAUGGGACCAGAAUGUAAGUAGAAUAGCGGAAGAAAUUGUGAAUAGUUUCAUAUCAAAUUCCAAGUGCCCUCACAAUCCGUUGCCAAAACAAAUUACCAAUUCAGCGCCAAAUAUAGAUAGUACAACGAAUCAUUGCGAUAUAUGUAAUAGGGUGUUCAUUGGAGACUUCCAAUGGACUACGCAUAUUAAUUCCAAUAGGCAUAAAAGGGAGAUGGCUGCGAAGAGAAAAAAAGAUGCUCAAUCUGGUGAAUAAAUAACAACACAAAUAUUUAAAGCCAACAUUUUAUUUUGUAAAACUUACGGAAAACUAAUACCACAAUCAAAUUCUGAAUAAAGUUACCAAAAAAAAAUGUUAAAAAUUAGAUAUUAACAAAUUAAAUAAGUACUAACGAUUGUUAGGAUUAUGGCAUUACUAUUAUUAUUUAAAACUCAAUAUAGAUAGGUAUAUAUUCAUAAAAUUACGCCUAUGCUAAAAAUCAUGCCAUACAUCCUUAGGGCUCAUGUUAUAGAUUAAAUUAUAUAUUAUUAUGUAAUAUAUAAGACAUUAUGCUUUUUAGCAAAGCCAUUUUGCAAUGGCGUCGCUGGUGGUCGCUAAGCGUAGAGAAUUGCCCUGUUAUAUAUUUACUACUAAAAGAUUUGUCAAAUAAUGUGCAUAAUAAGUAGUUAGCAUUUAUUCAUACUAUUUUCUAAUAUACAUAUUUGGUCAACAGCGAGGUUUCAUCACAGGUACGUUUUAUCAGCGUAUAUUUAUGUUCUUAUUCUUGCAUGAUGUAAAUUAAUGUUAUAUCUUCAUGACGAUUUUAUUGAUUGAAUUGAUGAAAAAUAUUGGCAUCUGCAAUUUACUUAAUAAUAGCGAGAUUUAAACGCUAAACGUUUAAAUUCCACUUAGAAAAAUUACGAAUGCUUGAAAAAAAAUAGAUAAUAUAUAAAAAUUAAUAUAUAAAUACAUCAUGCAAGAUUCAGAAUAUUUGUAGGCCAUUUUUAUCGACAGUUUACUGAUAUAUUUUUUUGUUUUUUAUUUUUUUUAUUAUUUUUAUGUUUUUUAAAAUAUUUUUUAUCAAAAGUAUAAAAUACUGUAGAAUAUUAUGAACACAACAAUUCUCUUUAUCUCACGACUUUUACAGUUAAAUAGUAUUGAUUUUACGGGAAAAUGCCGAAAUCGGUACAAACUAAAUAGUUCAAUUGGUGUGCGCUCGGGCACUUCGCAAAUCAUCUCUCCGGUUUUCAGUUUUUACCCGCAUUUUAUUCAUAACAUAGUCUAUGCAGAGGAAGACGAAUUUUAUACAUAUUUUCAAAGAAAAAGAAAAACCGUAUAGUAAGUAUUAAAAUUAAUUAAAGAAAACACCACUACAAUAACAAAACAUAUCAACACAUUGAGCAUUUUGAAUCAACGAAAAUAGUGUAGUAUAUUUGGCACUCCAAAUAACGAUUGUUUUUCAAUGCAAACAUUAAGGAUGUAAAUCGACAUUACAAAUUGGAUACACUUCAAAACUUUCUAUGCAAUACACAUUGGAAAUUUUCUGCUUAACAAUUAAUUGAUGUUUCUGAACUUUUAUCUUAAGACGUAAACACACAAAUUCCGUAUUAUUAGAAAGGAGCAUUCAUAACAUAUUCGCUUCAUUCAAUGUAAUGGCUCUCGGCCUUUUUCGAUCCCUUUUAUCCGAAAUUAAUAUCCACAAAAUCGAGAUCGAUAUCUGAUUUUAAAAACUACCCACCAGCUGCUUGUACUGUAGAAAAAUUUUAUAUGAGUACUAGUAAGUUAUCUAUGUAAAAUCAUCGGCUGUAUCAAAUAUCUUAUCAAAGGGAUAUCGUUUUAUGUUCAUCUAUUUGCAGAUGUUUAUUUCUAAUUAUAUGAGCGAUUACCGAACUAGGAUGAGAUACCAUUACAUUGCUUUUUUUAGUUAUUAAGAGUCCAAUACUUCCACUCAAAAUGGCAAACAUGAACAAACGUUACAAAUAAAACGAUACAAAAUUUUUAACAAAACGCCUCAAGAACAAAAACACACCAAAAUUAGUUAACAUUAUAAAUAUAAAAAAUAACUAACAAUAUAAAGUAAGCACUUAAAAUAUUAAAAAAAAAGUAAAAUGUGAAAAAUAUUUUUACACCUUCGCUUAUUAUCAUACAAAUUUACAUAACACAAUUAUUAUUAUUAUUAAAAAGCGUAAAUAUUCAUUUCAUUCGAAUAAUAUAAUUUUUAUACAUUAAAACAUGUUAAAAUAAAUCGAUUAGGAUUAUAUUAUUCGUAAUAAUCUGUAAUUCCUACAAUUUACAGAUAAAAUGAUUUUAUUCAAGAGCACUUCAAAAAUUUGGUAAAAUUACUGAAGUGAAAAGAAUGAAUGAUUUAGAACCAAAAAUUCUUAAUAUACAACUCGUGCCACGGUGUGAUUACAUAAUACAAUUUUAUGCAAAUUUAAACCAAGUUUUAAAUGUGUGGACUUGAAAUUUCCGUUCGACAUUUUUUUUACAUCUGAAGUUCCAACAAUUAUUCCUACGUAUACAUUGUAAUCCAUGUUAUUCGCGUUGACAAAUGUAUUAUUUUAAGAAUAGAAGACGGACUUCCUGCAAAUAUUUCCAAAAUUACCAGACGAUCAUCAAAGGAUAUAUUGACCGAAAAAAUGGCAUAUUAAUGUUAAUAUUAGUUCCCUAAUCCUAAUAUUUUUUUUAUUCAAAUAUAUUCUUAGCUAUUAAUAUGCGAAGGUUAAAAUUUUAGUUUUUUUUACGUGCGCUUGCUAAUUUACGAAUCUAUUUAAUCUUGAAAUUUUAUGUCUUUUUCAGGUAAUCUGAAAAAUAUUUGAGAAAGUAACGUUAGUUUAUUUUAAACGCAUUCUCCCGUCGUCAAUCUUUCAUGGAUUACCCUGUAAAUCCCUUCAAAUUAAAGUAAAUUAAUUUGCAAUUCAUUUUCGCCCUUUAUAAAGAAAAGUCAGAUAAAACUCUGACAAAAAAUUAUUAAUUUACACGUUAAAAUUAAACCUAUUUCAACAAAACAUAUACAAAAAAAAACACCUAAAACAAUUAUACUUAAA